AUGCGCCCAUUUAGCUCCCAUGCCCUCCGCGCUUUGCGCCCUCUCUCCGCAAAACCCACUUCAUCCCUCACAUCAACGCGCCUUCUCUCUACAAAGCUCACUGGCCCGCGAUCUCUUACUCGAAUUACAAUUCCUUCUAUUCAACCACGCUUCGUGCUUCUCCCCGCAACUCGCCAGCACUCUACAUCACCCCUUACCUCCGAUCCUAAGCAACCCGAAACCGAGGAGGAGCGCGAACAACAAAAUGAAGAGCGUCGCAAGAACGAAGAGGCAUACAAAAUUUCUUUCACCUGCAAGCCGUGUGGCGAGCGAUCAACACAUCGCAUGUCGAAACAAGGUUAUCAUCGCGGCACAGUUCUAAUCCAGUGUCCAUCUUGCCAGAACCGACACGUGAUUAGUGAUCACCUUGGAAUCUUCUUCGAUAAGGGUACUACGCUCGAGGAUCUACUGAAGGAGAAGGGACAGGCAGUUACACAUGGCGUCACAGAUGGGGAUAUGGAGUUUUGGGAUGAUGGAACUGUCAAAACUUUUCCACACAAGCCGAAGACAGAGUCUUCUUGA